AUGCUUUGUCUACAGUGUAACCACAAGGUGCUGGUUGGAGUUCUGUCUAGCCUUUUCAUUGCAUGUCUUUGGGGUGCCUGCUUCUGGGAACUGGCAGCCAAAUUUAAAUCAGAAUUUUCCAUGAAACCAUCAUCACUCCCACCUGCCAACCCACAGGCAUGUUACUGCCAAAACAAUGGAACUUGUGAGAAUGAAAUCUGUGUUUGCCCAGAUGAAUGGAAAGGAGACCAUUGUGAGAUUGCCAAUUUUUGUGAAAAGAGUGAAUACAAUUCCUCUCAGGGACUGUUCACAUUCCAUAAAAUUUUAGUCGGACACUAUGGUUAUUCUAAAGAAGAAUGUGAGCCAUACACUUUAAAUGCAAAUAUUUCAAAAGCAUCACGCCUGUGUACUGAGAAGAAUGGAAUCAUCAGUCUACAAAAUGACACAUUAACAGAUUGCAAUGAAAAUUUAAAGAAUCUUAGCGAGAAGAUAAUGAAAUACAGUGGCAUUACAGAACAAGAAUUGGUGAAAAUUGCAAUGGCUGCUCAGAUGCUGACCUCAGAACCACAUGAACUAACUUCAGAGAACAUCAGCCUCGCUGCUCAAAUAGUGCAACGCAUUUUGAAUCAGUCUGAUAUACUGGACUCAGUUGAGGCGGCUUCUUUGGCAAUAAAUAUAAUCAGUCAACUUCUCAAUGUUAAUGAAACAGCGUUCGAUCCCACAAACAAAGAUAUCUUUAACAUCACACAAAGUGUUACAGAGAUUUUGGGAGAUGUUCUCACAGAUUUAGAAAUUAAUUUCAGUCAGGUGGUCCAGCCCAACCUUGCAGCUUCAUCCAUCAUAUUAGAGAAUGGCACAACACAUGGAAUUAUGCUGUCCGUAUUAAAAGGAUGUGAUGACACUUUAGUAUCGAAACGAAUUGAGUUGAACACCAAUGCCACAAAGUUCUUACUCAAUACAAAUGCAGAAGUUCAAAUGUUUGUCAAUGUUUCCACAAAUAGUACUCAAGAUGGAAAAUUGGGAAUUAUCCUGUAUCAAAAUGGCAAGUUCUUUCAGUCCAAGCUCUAUCAGAGUACUAGCAACCAGAGUCGACAAGUUAUUUCUGGAAAUAUUGCAGAAGGAGUUCUGAAUGGUGUUGAACUACUUUUUAACCCAAAGUACAAUUCUGCAGAGUAUUUCAUUCAUGAUCAUGCCUGUGUGUUUUGGGACUAUGAUAUGGAUGAUUGGAAUACAGCAGGCUGUUCAAAGAGCACAGAUGAGUUUGGUUACUUGAGAUGUCAGUGCAAUCAUGCCACUAAUUUUGCUGUGUUGAUGAGCUUCAGACGGAAUUACACCUACGCUGAUCCAUUAAAUGUUGUGUCAUAUGUUGGAUGUGGGUUUUCAAUUCUUGGGUUAACCAUCACUAUUACAUUUCAAAUUGUCACCAGGCAAGCACGCAAGACAUCGUUUACCUGGGUAACUGUGAGUCUUUGCACAUCGAUGCUUAUGGUUAAUUUGAUCUUUGUCUUUGGGAUAAACAACCCCAAUGCUCUAAAUGAGAAAAGUGCUGCGAACAAUACAGUAAACAUUAUUCUACCUUCUGACCGUUCCAAUCCACCAGAGGUUUAUUUAUGUACUGCUGUUGCUGCCAUCCUUCAUUACUUUUUAAUGGCUACAUUCACUUGGUCAGCACUGUACGGUGCACAGAUGUAUGUUCUUCUGGUUCACGUGUUCAAACCUCUACCAAGGCAUUUGUUAAUAUGGAUUUCAGUGGUUGGAUGGGGUCUUCCAGCAGUUAUUGUUAUUAUAACAUUAGCAGCUACUUACAAAACAGAAGAUGCACUGAAUUAUCGGCAAGAAGAAUUCUGCUGGCUGUCUGGUUUUGAUCUACAUGGGAAGUUGGAACUGUCAAAGCCAAUGCUGUGGGGAUUUCUUCUUCCAGUUGCAAUAUUACUACUAUUUAAUUUUGUCAUGUUUGCCUUAGUGACAAUGUUGGUACUGUUCAACAAAGACCAUAGUACUUGCAGUGCAAAACAGGCUACGUCAGCAAAGAAGAUGAUGGGAUCCUUAUCAGUAGCCGUUGUGCUUUGUUUAACGUGGAGUCUAGGUUAUUUGAUGCUCAUAGAGCGUGAUGAAACACAAGCUAUGUUUAGCUAUAUCUUCUGCGCCCUUAAUGCCACUCAGGGUCUACAGAUUUUCAUUCUGUUUACUGCUCGCCGUAAAGCAUUUCAAAAGAUCUAUGCAGCCUGGGAUUCCAGAUUUGAUAUGAACAUCAGUAUUGUCCAUUCAAAAAGAUUCUCGUUUCAAAGUUUAAACAUUCCAGGAAAUAGAGAACAGUACACACAAUAUGACACAGUAAACUUCUCCGAAACCUCAAGUUCUAUACCUUCCAUUUUGUAUUAG